GUCAUGCUAGCGCUGUCAUGUUUCCAUAGCGAUGGAUGGAGGUGGACUGGAGAGGAUAAUCACGCAAUUUCAGGCGCGUGCACGUGGAUACCUGUUGAGGAACGAGAUGCGCCGUGCACGAGAGGAUUAUGAAGACAUUGUGAAGGAAAUUGAUGGGGAUUUGCACUGUUUAAAAUGGAUCAAGAGAGCUCUGUAUUUUCCCUAUUUUACGGACACUCCCAAUGCCAUUUCCCCAUAUAGAAGUCUUGACAACAACUUCGAAAAUAAUGUAUCAAAGACCAAUCACCUCUGUAAAAGUCCAGCAGAAUAUGGUUCAAACAGAAAAGAUGGUGGUGGUCAAUCAGAGAAGAUGGAAGCAGAAAAAGACAUUUCCCAAAGCAUGGCCUCCUCUUCUGAACCCAGAGACAGCUUUCCCACCAGUGCUCAGAGAGCAAACAUGCAGAUCGGAGGCGAACAUCCGGUGAGAGAGAAGGAUGGAGGAGGGAUGAAAAGUGCCUGUGUUUCUACCACUGUCUGGAGCAGCAUAGAUACAGAGCUGGAUUGUAGUCGCUCUUUCAAAGCAGGUCUGCGCCAAUACUGCUUGGCCCGGGAUGUUCCAUGGACCCCAGAAGCCCUCUGUAGCCAUAGAAACACACUGUCCAUGGAGCUCCUGUGGCUGCAGCAGGCCAUCGACAGCAGGAAGAAGUACCUGUCAUUGAAGAAUAAGCUGAGCCUCUCCUGACAGAAGUAGACCUAAUUGAGUCU